AUGAUUUCAAUCAAAGCGAAUGAGGAUGAAAUCAAGGAUCUUCCGGGUCUUCCACAAGCUAUUCAUUUCAAACAAUAUUCCGGUUAUUUGAAUAUAACUGAAGGCAAACAUUACUUCUAUUGGUUCGUUGAAAGUCAAAAGGAUCCCGAGAAUGCACCGGUAGUCCUAUGGCUGAAUGGAGGGCCCGGUUGUAGUUCACUGUUUGGAAACCUGGGAGAGAACGGACCCUUUAAAGUGAAUUCCGAUGGGAAGACCCUGGUGUUGAACCCUCACAGUUGGAAUACUGUGGCAAAUGUCAUAUAUCUUGAAUCUCCGGUUAGUGUCGGCUUUAGUUAUAAAGACGAUAAGAAGUAUCACAACACAGAUAAGUCUACCGCAGAGGACAACCAUUUAGCUCUCGAAGCGUUUUUCGAA